UUGUAAGAUAAAGAUGUCAACUUCUAUCUUUAAAGUUUGUAUUACUGUUUGUGUGCAUAAAUGAUUCUUAUUAAGUAAAUAUAACGAAAGCGCUGUUAACAGAGAUGCUAUCCAUUUUUAUUUAUUCACUUUUUUUCUAUUAUCCAAACAAGGGUGCUUGAUUUUUCCUUCAAUUUAACCUGAUCAGUGCAAUUAAGUUUAUGUGUCAAGUGUCUUGUGAUAUUGUAGAUGACUUUGAACAAGUGGAGAAUUGUUGGUAUUCACGAAAGAACUUUUAUCCCCAUCACCCUGCUUGUAAUUUAUACACUUUAUGGUAACUCAAAUGCAUGGACAAGGCUCCAUUUGGUAUCCUAUUUUUGUUACUGAUAAGCAUUCUGAAUUUGUGUUACUUGUAUGUUGCUUCAGUAUCUUGAUGACAAGUCAGAAAUUAAAGAUGCAGUUAGGAUGGCCGAGAUUGGAUUGACAUCAGCCUGGAGGCUUGAUGAUUUUAAGGUUCCAAUCGCCAAGUAUAUUAGCUCUCCACCAAUGUCAGAUACCAACUUAAAGUUUGUCUUUGAGGAGUUACUGGAAAGGGCCAGGGAGAAAGAAGAAAAAGAAGCUAAAAAGCGUAAACGUCUAGCAGAUGAGUUCUAUGAACUUCUUCAUGCAUCAAAGUGGUUGCAGGAAAUUGCUGCAUCAUCGAAAUGGGAGGACUGCAAAUCCCUCUUCGAAGAUAGGCAAGUAGCUUCUUUUGCUUUUAUUGAUCUAGAAUUAGUAACACGAUUGCAAGGACCAUUGGAGAAUGAUAAUUGAUAUUAUUUUCAAGGACCAACUCCUUCAAUAUUCUAAACUCAGUAAUUCACAUAGUUCUAGAAUGUACCUUAGAAUAAUAGCUGUGUUGAAUGAUUUGUUGUUUUAUAUUCCUCAACAUUUAGGUAGGCUA